CGUCAUCUUUAAAAAAAGGUAACUUGUGGACCCAUAGAAUGGAGUGCAUGAACGUUUUCGGUCAAAGUUUCCACAACGUGAUCGGUGAAUCCGUGUGUAGUGUCCUUUUGGAAGGUGGCGACAAAGAUGAAUCGUCCGCACAGAUAGACGACUGGUCUUCGGAAAACGAAAAUCUGUCCUGCUCGUAUUGCCGCAUCAAAUUCUCCGAUAUUCAGAGUCAGAGGGAGCAUUACAAGCUAGACUGGCACCGGUAUAACUUGAAACAGUCUCUGGUAUCGAAACCUCCCAUUACUGAGGAGGAGUUUGGUGAGAAAACAGGAAACGAUGAUCUCUCCAGUAUUUCUGGCUCGGAUACGGAAAAGGAAGAUACUUUGGACACUUACGCCACCGCUCAAGGCAAGAUAUUCCUUCAAAACAAAUUGGGGCAGGUGUUUUCCAUGUACCGAUGUUUGCUGUUCGAUAGGAAAGAAGAAAUUAGCGACGAAGAUAUCCUAGCUCGUCUUACGCAAUGCUGCGUCGGCAACCAGCAGUGGACGGUUUUGAUGCUCGGCGGGGGACACUUCGCCGGGGCCGUUUUUCAAGGCAGCGAACCGAUCUUACACAAGACUUUUCACUGUUACACUGUCAGGGCCGGGCAGGGGGGUUCCCAGUCAUCGAGGGACAGUAAAUCGGGAGGACCACAGCCUAAGAGCGCCGGAGCGUCGCUUAGGCGCUAUAACGAGCAGUCUUUAGUCCAGCACGUAAAAGCCAUCGUGGACACCUGGAGGUCAGAGAUAGACAAGAGUUCCCUUAUAAUAUAUCGAGCGUCAGGCCCAUACAACCGUUCAGUGCUUUUCGGAGGUUCCGUUCCCCUAUUGGAGCGUUCCGACAAGAGGUUGAGGACUAUUCCGUUUUCGACCAGAAGGGCCACCUUCGCAGAAGUCAAGAGGGUACAAACCGUGUUGGCAACCGUCGAAGUUUACAAGAAUUUGCAGGAAGCAACGCAGUACUUUUCCAAGCAGAAAUCGCCCGAAGCCGACUCGAAAAGAAACAAAAUUCGAUCGGCUUGUAUAAACAGGGCGAAAUCACGGGAAACCGUCGAAAGACCCCUGCCGGGGGUGCUUUCCGGGGCCAGUAGUGCUGAAUCCGGAUUAGAACGAGUGGGAAAACCCGACGAACCAUUGGAACUACAUCUAACGUUUAGCAAUGAAGAAAUAGACGUUAACGAAUCCCUUCAGGAAUUUGGAGAUUCCUUAACUCCGGAACAACGGAAGAAAAUGCCGAAGAAGAAACAGCCGAGGAAAAGUAAAACGAAGAAGUUGAAGGAGAAAGAAGAAGCGAAAAGAAAGGACCUGGCAGAAACCCUGUUUAGAGGCGAUCUAGGAAAACUAAGAAAACUCCUGGAAAAUCAUCUAAAAACGUCCGAAGAAGGUGAAACGGCGAAAGAAAACGGCAAACAUUCCUUCGUAAACGAGGUGCUGGACGAGUCCGGUAACGCCCUGCUCCACAUCGCUGCCCUCAACGAACACGAGGCUAUCGUGAAGUUCCUACUAGACAAUGACGCCGAUCCGUGCCUGAAGAAUAGAAACCAGCAAACCGCGUACAGCUGCACGCAGAGCAGAGAAAUAAGGGAGGCGUUGAAGCAGUUCGCCAGGGACAACCCCGACAAGUACAAUUAUAAUAAGGCACAAAUACCAACCAACGCUCUCACGGCGGAGGAGACGGCAGAGAAGAGGAAGACGCAAAGGAAGGUGAAGAAGGAGAAAGAGAAGGAGAAAAAGAAGGAGAACUUGGUUAAGCGGAAGGAGGACGAAGAGAAGGACAGGUUUCUGCACUUGAGCGACAGAGAAAAGCGGGCUCUGGCAGCCGAGAGGAGGAUAUUAAGUCAGUCUGGAACUGUGACGGCUAGGUGUUUCUUGUGCGCGUCCGAUAUAUCGGGAAAAGUGCCGUUUGAGUAUUCGGGCAACAGAUUUUGUACUAUCGAGUGUUUGAAGGCGCAUAGGAUAAAAAACCCAGUUGUUUUGUCAUGA